AUGCAUUUCAACCCAAGGAAUGUCUUCGUUAAUGGUGCUAUUACCGCAAAUCUAUUUGUUUCCUCUUAUAUUGGAACCAUCAGUACUUUACAACUAUCAAAAUUCCCAAAUGGAACAUAUUCUCUCAAUACUUUAUCCGUCAAUAAUAUCACCAAGGAUCAGCCAUCGUGGCUACACAAGGAUCCAAAUAAUGACAUCUUGUAUUGUCUGAAUGAAGGUUUCAACCUCAAUAAUGGAAGUAUAUCGAGCUUCAAGGUUAAAGAUGAUGGCUCCUUGAGUUUAUUGGGAAAUGGAUUAACCAUCAGUGGACCUGUCAGCUCAAUACUCUUUGACGGAGGAAAAAGUAUGGCUGUUGCGCAUUAUAAUGGAUCAUCACUCACAACACAUAAUAUCCAAGCGGAUGGAACUUUGUCACCACUCCAAACGCUAACCUUCACCAUGUCAGCUCCCGGCCCAGAUCCCUUGGGACGACAAGCCUUUCCUCAUCCCCACGAAGCUCUCCUCGAUCCAACCGAGGACUUCAUCGUAGUCCCUGAUCUCGGCGCCGAUCUCGUACGCGUCUUUUCCAUCGAUCACAAAACAUCACUCCUCACCGAACAAACUCCUUACAAAGCACCACCAGCUUCUGGUCCUCGUCAUGGUGCUUUUCACGUAACUGAAUGCGGCCACACCUUUUUCUAUCUCGUCUCCGAACUUGCCAAUACGAUCGCGAGUUAUGAGGUUACUUAUGAGAAUAGUCCGAAGGUGGGUAUGACUUUUACGAAGAUAGAUAAUCAUGGGAUCUAUGGAAAUCAAACCACGCCGGCUGGUGCCGCGGCUGCAGAAUGUCUCUUAACCCCCGAUGGCCGCCACAUCAUCACCUCUAACCGCAACGCCACCACUCUCUCCAUCCCCCAACCACCCGUACACCCCAUAAACAGCACCGGACUCCCCUCGGACGCGCUCCAAACCUGGAGCAUCAACACCCCCACCCCCAACUCUGGCAACGCCACCCUCGGCUCCCUGUCUUUCUCCCAACUCUUUCCUUCCGGCGGCAUCUAUCCCCGUCAAAUGGCCAUGAAUAAAGCAGGGACGCUCGUCGCCGUCGCUCUUCAACAAAGUGCUCGCGUGGUGAUUGUGAGUCGAGAUCGCACAACGGGGUUGUUUGGGGAGUUUGUGGCGGAUGUGCAGGUGGGCACUUUUGAGGGCGUGGCGAGUUUGGAUGGUCAGAUUACGAGUGUCGUUUGGGAUGAGGAGGCCGGUUUGGUGUGGGAGUAG